AUGGAGCAAAGCAUGACACCUAUGACUCGACCUCCAGUCAUCACUGUAAGCCUCCAGGACCUCAAAGACGGAAACAUCUCUCUCGAAUCCCUGGAACAAGCCUUCGGACCCGACUCCCUGGGAAUCAUACUAGUCAAAGACCUACCAUCCCACUUCGCCGCGCUUCGAAGUAAACUCCUGAGUCUCAGCAGCUGCCUCGCCAACCUCCCGGCGGAGGAACUGGCGAGAGUCGAACGGCCCGAGGCGCGCUUCAACGUAGGCUGGAGCCACGGGAAGGAGAAACUCGACUCGGGACUCCCGGACCUGAAUAAGGGGUCUUACUAUGCUCAGCCCGUCCACGAUGAGGUGUUGGAGGCCAAGGCGAGGCAGCUGUAUCCUGACUUGCCGGAUAUGACGCUGGCGAACGUCUGGCCGGAUGAGAAAGUUCUGCCGGGCUUUGCGAGCACUUUUGAGGAACUUUGUCGAAUGAUUGUGGAGGUGGCGGCGCUGGUUGCGAGGAGUUGUGAUAGAUUUGGGGUGGCGAAGGUGGAGGGGUAUAGAGAUGGGACGUUGGAGGGGAUUGUGAAGACGAGUAUUAGCACGAAAGCAAGGUUGUUGCAUUACUUCCCGCCGCCUCGACCGGCGAAUGUGCAGGACCGUCCGGAUGCGGCGUGGGGGCAGCGUGAUGAUGAUUGGUGCGGCACUCAUAUUGAUCUUGGUGCUCUGACGGGGUUGACGUCGAACAUGUUCGUGGACGAAGCUGCGCAUCCUCCGAAAGUCUCGACAGAUGGCCUUGUACCGGACCUUCCGGAACGGGAGUCUCAUCCGGAUCCGAAGGCUGGAUUGUGGAUCAAAGAUCGGAGUGGGAGGAGCACGCAGGUCAAUAUCCCGCGUGACUGCUUAGCUUUCCAGACGGGACAGGCGCUGGAGAAGAUGACGAGGGGGCGGUUCAGGGCUGUGCCGCACUUUGUGAGAGGUGGUGCGCCGGAGUUGGACAGGAAUGGAAGUAUCGCUAGGAAUACGUUGGCGGUCUUCACGCAGCCUAACCUUUGGGAGGUUGUGGAUGAAGAGAGUGGGCUGGACUUUGCUGGUUUGGCGAGGAAGAUGUUUGCGAAGACGUACUGA